AUGGCGGAGGCUACGUUUAUUAAAACGGAACCCGAUGACCAAAUGAACAAUUCGAGUCAUUUUAUCAUGUCUAACUCCACAUACGGACUACCCAGUCCGUCCUUCGGGAAUCAGUUCGGAAACUCCGGAACGAAUGAUGGCAUUGAUCCCUCGGAACUUACCAUGCACAAUAGUGGCUUCAUGUCGAAUCCCUUCAGCUCGCCCCAGAACCUGUCUUCGAGUUUCAACUUCGGGAAUUCUGGGAUUGAUACCGAAGAGCUGCUUGAUUUAGAGAUAAACGGACAGAACACGAUACGCGAUGGGUCUUACAACCUGGUUCCAGAGCAGCGACAGCCUACUGGAAUCUCCAUGAGCCACCAAGGCCAGAUGUCCCACGUAUUUUCGAAUACACCGGACGGAGCCCCUAUCAACAGCCCUUUUAUUCGUGGUAGUUUUGGCUAUGAUCAGUUCCGGCCGAUGCAGCAGCACACUCCUCAGGAUGCCUCACCGCACAUGAACGGUACAAACGUCCAUUUUGAUCAGAAUUACCUGGGUGGAAAAACGCGUGCAAGCCUUCAGGUUGACAGGAACUCUGUGGAUGCCCGAAGCCCCAUGUCACCCAAGACUCCUGCUAUGGCGGGCUUGAAUAUCGCUACCCCUGAAUCCGGAAGCUUCCCGUCACAGCCCAUAAGGGCAGUAUCUCUACAAUCCCAGCAUCAAAAGAAUAUGUCGAGCCAGUGGGAUGGCACGCCUGGUAGUGCUCAGUCCUUAAUCGAAUCUCCGAUCUCAUCGCCCGGACACCCAUCCCACCAUCUUGGAAUUUCAGAGAUUCUGAAAUCUGGAAAACAUGCUUCCCUCCCCACCAAAGUUGGCCACCAUACGAGUGCGCAGCAAGCCUUGGAGUCACAAGAAGCCAAAAGGAAACGUCGUCGCGCCUCUCACAACCUGGUGGAGCGUCGCAGACGUGACAAUAUCAACGAGCGAAUCCAAGACCUUUCCCAUCUUGUCCCGCAACAUCGCUUAGAGGAUGAGAAGAUAAGGAAACAGCUUCUCAAUAACUCUUCGCUUGCCGGUUCCGUGGGCACCCCCGGACUGAAUUCGACGAAUGCAGCGACAUCUCUUCUUGCGGGGGGCUGUGGAAGGCGCGCGACGAGCGGCAAUAUUACCAUGGGACUGCCGAUCGAGGAGAAAGAAAAGGGACCAAACAAGGGUGACAUCCUCAACGGAGCAGUUGGCUGGACUAGAGAUCUCAUGUGGGCGCUGCAUCGCAAAUUAGAGCAAGAAGACCAGUUGGCCGAACUGAUCACUUCGCUCGGUGGAACAUGGCCAUUUGAGCAGACUGAAGAGGAUAAGCGGAUGCGAACGGAAUUACUCGAUGCAAUGGAGAAGAACAACGCAAAUACAUUUGCUUAUAGCCGCGCGCCAGGAAGUGGCCUUCGGGUUCCCAAGCACACUAACAUCGCCGGCGAGCCACUACAAGGACAAGCGAACUCGCAGAGCCUGAGUCCUGGUUUCCAUAGCGGAGGCAGCGGCAACACUAGUGGCAACGGCCAGGCACAAUUCUGGAAUACUUCAGGCCAUGCGGGUAUGAGCUUCAAAGAAGAGGACGAGUACUCGAUGGAUAUAAAUUGAGCACUGGGACGCGUUACAUUUCGGAUUCAACACAAGAUUGCAUAGGUGGCGUCGCUUCUCGGAGUGGAAUAGUGGGGUUUGGAGGCGUUGGCACUCGCAUGCUCUGGCCGCGUGUCUGUCUCUUUGGGGUUGCUGGCCUUUUUCUACGAACUAUUUAAUAUCUUUCCUUUUCUCUCGAGACCUGUCUCUUACUUUCUGUGUCCAUUUCCGAGUUCGCCUGCGCAUUUAUAUUGACCCUCUUCCUUUUGAUUCAUAUGAACAUAAUAUUUGUCUUUUGUUUUGCCUUCAAAGACCCAGCAGGUGUUUGUGAGCAUCUGCUUUAUGUUUUCUUUUUCUAUUAAUUUUCCCAACAGCCAUUUCCUCCUUGCUUGCUGUCGGUUCUGUAUUUGUUUCGACAUUAUUCUCUAGGUUAUGCUCUCUGCCUGUUUCAAAUUAUCAUUUCCCGGCCCUUCCUCGUUAUGAUGUAUCUCCUUUUUUCUUUGAGUGAUUUUCUUUUUUCUCACAUACUUAAUGACCAUUGAUACCCAUACUGUUACUAUGCCCAUUCUAAUCCUUGGUUGACUUCAGCUCAACGACUGAUGGCCUCUCCCUAUCUCCCAGAUAUUUCUCAGUGUGAAAUCACUAUAUAGACAGUCCCAAGUUAACAAGGCAGCGAAGCAGAAGUCGUGUCAGCUGCUUCUGAUGCCUGGGCUUCCUGAGACAUGCAUGUUACGGCCUUUAUGAGUUUGUCUGCCAACA